AUGGAGGCGACGCUGUUAAACGUCAGCAGCCGUCGUGGUCGUCAUGCUGACCGAUGCGUUCUCAUCGCGCUCCUCAUGGCUCAUGGCGGCAGUUGGCCGGCCGGCCGGCCGGCUGGCCGGUCGGUCGGUUGGUCAGUGGUGGCCAGUCGGUUGGUCAUCGACAGCGGGACAUGUGUUUGCGGAACAUCGUUGAACGCACAUACGUCACAGGUCGACACGACUGCUGGGGCGGGACGGGAACGGGGACUGGGACGGGGACGAGGAAGACGUCGAUGA